UUAUUUUUUGACAUUUCAAAUCGUUUUAGUACCACCCUAAAAAGUGAGGUUAUGCGACGUAAACAUGAACUAAAAAACCACAAAAAUCCAAUUUAAACGCGAUUUUCACCCAAAAAAAUCAAAAAAGCAAUGAACUUACAAUCAUUAUUUAAAGAUUUCAACCCAAGCAAAUUCAUCGUACACACUUGCCUUUUAACAUUUUUCGUAUUAUUCGCAUUAAGGCUCGAUAACACCAUCACUUGGUCGUAUUGGACUGUAUUCGCCCCGAUUUGGGUAUGGAAAGGUCUCGUGAUAAUCGGCGCCACAGUUGGAAGUUACGUUUGGUGGAGAUACCCUCAUUUUAGAUUGGAAGGCGAAGCCUACAUCCAUUAUAAAUCGAUGUUGAUCUCAUUGGCGCUACACUUAGUACUAUUAAUGUUCGAGUUAUUAGUUUGUGACAAAUUAGAGUCACAAAGACAUUGGUGGAUAUUGGUUUUUAUCCCAUUAAUUUUUAUUUCAAUCGUGUCCAUAGCCGUGUGCAUUUGGGCCGUGAAACACGAUCGAUCUUUUGAGUUGGAAUUAUUUUGUGCUGUAAACGUCCUACAGUUUAUUUUCUUAGCUUUGAGGUUAGAUCAGUUUAUUUAUUGGUCUUGGGAGAUCGUUUUUGUGCCCCUUUGGAUCGUAAUGUGUUUAUCUUUGGUAAACGUGGGAGUUUUGUACACGAUUAUAUUCGCUGGGAUUCUUUUGAGGACUCCAGAGGUUAAUGUACAACAAAGAAGGGCCAGUUUACAAACAGCUGUUAGUUACACGUUUUUAGUUAUUCCCAUUUUGAUAUUUAUGGUUCUUUUAGCCAAUAAGUUAGAUAACGACAUUGAAAUAACCUACAUUGGAGUCGCCAUCCCACUCUUUGUAUCAUUCGCUACGUUAAUUUUGAUGUCUUUUAAUGCUAAAGGGGGUAAUAAAUGGUGGUUUGGGAUCAGAAAAGAUUUUUGCUCCUUCAUAUUAGGAGUUUGCCCCAUUCUGCAAGAAUACGCCAACAUUUCUUACCGAAGCGAACGUUCCAACGCAUCCGAAGCCCACCAACGAGACAAAAAAGAGCACGUAUCCCGCCGUAUGGACCUACUAAAACCCAUAAUGCCCAUAAUUUCGAUCGAUAUGCCCGACUGACGUUUCAAAACGGCCCCAAAAUUUGUGUGCUUCCUUUUAGCGUGAUAAGAUAUCGUUUAAUAAAAUCAAUCCUUUUUUUUAACCUCA